AUGCAAAAUUUGGAUCCAGCUUUGGCCCUGAAGGUGGCGUGCGAGAUGAGUGCAAUGAGACCGGAGCAUGCUUCCAAACUUCUGGAAAUUGCUUGUGAAACACGACCACUUACUCGAUCGGAUGUCAUGACAUUGGAUAAAACGGCUAGAGUCAUGCUGAACAUCCACAGCAUAAAUGGCAUCCACCACGCACAGCAAGUGCUCAACCUCCUUGAUGAAAUACAAAAAUCUGGUGAAGAGAAAAUGGAGGUUAACACAUUCUUCACUAUAUCUCCCCGAAAAGCUACCGAAGUGAUCGAGCCGCCACCUGCUAAACCAAUGACGCGUGCGGAAAUGGUUCAGCAUUUGAAGGCUGCUACGAUACCCAAUGCACCUUUUGUUCUUGGCUGGAAUAUAUGGCGUGAUACACAACGAGCUGAAGAUGUUGCUAUGGCGGUUGUUGAACAUCUUGAAGGAAAUUUGAAGUUUUUCCUGGGCGAUCGUGAAGCAUUCAACUUGAUAUUUGCUGUGCUAGGACCAUGCGCGAAAAAGUUCCCUUCUGUGAAGCGGCGUUUAUCAACAUUCUCAGCGAAAGUGUUGAAGAGCGCUGCCACUUCGCCAGCCAUUGAAGGGCACCUUCGUCAGUACGUUCCGAAUGCACCGACUCCAGCUAAAAAGAAGAAGGUGGCUAUGAAAUUUUAUUUGCAAAAAUAUUUUUCGGCAUAUAAAUCUUCAGAGCUGACCGAUGAAGAGUAUGCUGGAGGACUCCACACAAAAAAUAUUCCACCUAAUGGGCUUACAGCAUCGAGCCGCGUUUUCAGGCUGCUUAACAAGUUUCUACAACGUCGCGUGGAGAUUUUCAAGAGGAAUUCAAGUCCAGCGGAAUUCGACGCACAGAUGAUGGCAAUAUUCGGCGAUUCUGGUAUAGAAGAGCUGGUAGCACAGAUGCCCCUUCGAAGUCCACUGAAGACGAUUGAGACAGUAUUCAUCAGAUUGCUUUCGUCAUUCAAUCCAAAAUAUAAUCCGAAAAUAGUGUGCUCAUUCUUCAUGCUGAAUGCGAUUCGUGAAUUUUGCCGUGUUUGGACCGCUCAGCAAUGGGCGUGCCUUGCCCAGUAUGUUGUCGAAAUGGUUAUGGCUGAUCCGCAGCAGAUGAAAGCUGCAGUUGAUCUCAUUGUUCGAUUGGUUGAUCUUACAACUGUCGAAGUUGCGGUACCGAUAGCCGAAAUAAUAGUGACAUUAGCCAGAUCGGAUCUGCCAAUCGAGAAGCGCAAGCAUGCCCAAAACUUGCUUGAUGAUAUACAACUCAAAUAUCCAUGUUGGUUUAGACCUAUGAGACUGUUAUCAUUGAAGACUGCUGUGAAUUUCCAUCUUGUUGAAGGUCUGUUUGUGGAUCCAUUGGCCAAUCAGGCAAGUAUUCAAGGAUUUCGAUGGCGCCAACGGGAUACGGACGGCUUAGUAACAACGUUGGUAGCCCAGGCUGUGGAUCCGACUCAGUCGGACACGGCUUGUGCUGUACGAACUCUCACACAGUUAGUGGAGACUUAUCCAAAAGUAAUGAUUAGGAAUUUCGGCACGAUGGCACAACAAAUUCCGUUGCUGACACGGAUGCCCCCUGCGUUGCGCAAGGAAAUAAUGCCGUUUGUCGCUUUCGUUCUCGACGCCACUCAGAAGCUCCUGCCAUCAAUGCGUGAAACGUCUUAUCGUUAUGUGCUUGGAGACGCUGUUCAUGCAUUCCUUUCAUUUUAUGAGACGAUCUCCAACUCAGAAGCGGCUGUCUAUUUUGGUGAGAAACUGAUUGCAUGCUGUAUGAGGUUCUUUGGUUCUCAUACUGAAACGGCGAGAGAGGUAUUCAGUGAUCGAUCUGAUGUGAUCACAGCACUCCUACAAAAGUUGCCUCCUGGGAAUCUGAACGCGCAAAAGAUGCAAGAAAUCCUGCACGAGUCCGAUAUGGAAGUGACGUGA